AUGGGCGACUUGCCCCGACCUCGUGUCAUACCCGCAAGGCCUUUCCUGCACACCGGACCUGUCCUCGUGAGAACAGCCAAAGGACGCGGUCACCGUUCGCACAAGGCGUUUCUGGCGAUAUUUGUUUGUCUUAGCUCGAAGGCCGUCCAUCUGGAAGUAGUUUCUGAAGCCUUCCUGGCGGCGCUGCUCCUGUUCAUCUCGCGUCGGGGCCUCUGCUGCAGUCUCCGAAGUGACUGUGACACGAACUUUGUCGGGGCAGACACUCAACUCCGGAAAUUCUUCAGCGCCAGCAGUCCUGAGCAGCGUCGAAUCGCCGAGCAGCUUGCCAGUGACCGCAUCCAGUGGAGCUUCAAUCCGCCGUCGGCGCCGCAUUUCGACGGCCUCUGGGAGGCCGCAGUUAAAUCCCUUAAGCACCAUCUCCGACGGGAGCUGGACGACGCGACAUUAACAUACGAGGAGUUGAGCACCCUCAUCGCACAAAUAGAAGCGUGCUUAAAUUCCAGACGUCUCCAGGCCUUAUCGGACGACCCAGACGACUUGACUGCCCUGACGCCGGGGCACUUCUUGAUAGGAUCAGCCGUUAACGCCGUCCCCGAACCGAGCCUCCUGGAAACACCGAUCAACCGCCUGACGCGGUGGCAACUCCUUCAGCGAAUGCGCGACCACUUUUGGGAACGGUGGUCGCGUGAGUAUCUCCAGACCCUUCUUCAGCGGUCGAAGUGGUGGAGCGCUAAUGCUCAGGUGCGGGUUGGCCGCCUUUGCUUCAUCCGCAGCGAGAACACUCCGCCCAUACGCUGGCCGCUAGCCCGAGUUACCAAGGUGCACCCUGGAGAAGACGGCCAGACCCGCGUGGUCACCGUCAGUGAUGCCAGAAACGGGUCCCGCGGCUCACGGCUCAGCAAUGAACACUCCGCGGCCGCUAGCCCGAGUUACCAAGGUGCACCCUGGAGAAGACGGCCAGACCCGCGUGGUCACCGUCAGUGA